GUUUGCUAACUGAGGUAAAACCAACCCCUCCGGACUGGAACCUGAGACGCCUCUCAGGGAUCCCAGAUGAUCCUCAGGAGCUACAGGAGCUGCACCGUGGCUCGGCCCACACCCUGGACGUUGGUGAUAAGACACUAAAUAUUUACAACAAAGUAGAAGUAUAGAAGACUCCUCACAUUUUCUUCAAGCCGUGAUUUGGAUCAUACCUCUCCUGGGAUUCUUUCUUUCAAGAAUCUGGAUUAUUUACACAGAAAGAGAAAGCGGUCAAUGUGAGUCGUUACCUUGGAAACCAGCUCACUUCUGGGUCCUGGCCGUUACACACAGAGACUUCGCCCAGCAGACCUGAUAAGGACAAAAUCAAUACCUGGGACAUCAGAGCUCACCGUAACCAUGAUUGAGGACACGGAGACAGCAGAAAAGAAAGACUGGAGUGAGCUUGAGCCCAGCUACUCCGUCAAAAUCUUCCUGACAAUCUUCUACAGCCUCAUCCUGGUGACGGGUAUCCUGGGUAACUCGAUCACCAUCAGCGUGACUCAAGUGCUGAAGCGUAAUGGCUACCUGCAGAAGAAUGUCACCGACCACAUGGUUAGCUUGGCCUGCUCGGACCUGUUGGUGCUCCUCAUUGGGAUGCCAGUGGAGCUCUACAGCGCUAUCUGGUUUCCAUUCUCUACGGCAGAAGGGAACGUUUCCUGUAAGAUCUACAACUUCCUGUUCGAGGCUUGCAGCUACGCCACAAUCCUCAACGUGGCCACGCUUAGCUUCGAGCGCUACGUGGCCAUCUGUCACCCGUUCCGCUUCAAAGCCUUCGGUGGCAGGCGAACCUCUGUCCUGAUCGCCUUCGCCUGGCUGGUGUCGGUGCUGGUGGCUCUGCCCUUGCUGGUUGCCACGGGAACACAGGGACACAUUCCCUUGCGGUCAGACACACCGGCCCAGAAUCUGACUUUCUGUACGAAUCUGAGGGAGCACUGGGUGAUGUACAGAGUCAGCAUCUUUUUGGCUUUCAUUGUCUACAUGGUUGUGUUGAUCUGUGUGGCCUUCAUGUGCCGGGCCAUGGUGCUCGUCCUGCAGAAACCUUUGCAGUCCACGGACGGCGCCGUCCAAGGAGCUGCAAGAGAGCCCAAGCACGAAAGUUCAAAGGUCAAGGCAGCCAGGAGGCAGAUCAUCAUUUUUCUUGGCCUCAUCGUGGGAUCCUUGAUGGUCUGCUGGCUUCCCACCCAGAUUCGUCGCCUGAUGAUGGCGGCCGUGCCCAAGUCCGGCUGGACCACCUCCUACUUCCGGAGCUACAUCACUCUCCACCCUGUGGCCGACUCCUUCUUCUACCUCAGCUCCGUCCUCAACCCAUUCCUCUACAACCUCUCCUCCAGACAGUUCAGGGAGGUUUUCGUUCAGGUGCUGCGGUGCCGCCUCACCAUCGAACACAUCAACAAGCGCACGGUGCGGAACGCCAAGGCGAACCCCGCCCGCUCCUUACGGCCCCUGCUGAUCAACUCGAUGCGUCGCAGCAGGGCGAAACGCGCCAGCCUUCCACGGGAGGAAAGCGCUCCCACUCAGAGGGACUCAGGAGUGGCCUCAACUACACAAAUCCUCAGCCUGACUGAAGAGUACCACGACGGUCCCCGAAGAGCCACAAACGUACCAUCAGAGACUGAAAUAUAGUGUGCUGCAGAAUUUAAUGUGACAGAAUGAACGGUAAAGUGAGAGCUGCUUGUGCUGUGCCAUCACGAACAAAUAAAAACAUACUACUUAUACAGAGUGAAUCUGCAAGAACUUGUUAUCAAGAGAGAAAAUGAUUCCACUAAUGUUGAAAUAUUCAGUUAGCAUGAAGAACCCUGCAACUCAAGUUAAAGGGCAGAGCGUUUGGCAUCUCGUGGGUCACUUUAACACAAGAAGCACAUUUAUACAUCUGUAAAAACGUACUCGUUUCAGUCCCUUCAAUUUAAGAAGUCCAGCCAGCAUGAAGUAACAUGACUAAUAACACCUUCUUUCAUUAGAACAAACUGAUUGAAUGUCCCACUGAUGAGACUAAAAGACAACCAUGCUGGUAAAACACAGCAAUCUCCUGUUUUAAAGUGUGCACAUUUUAUCAGGGUCUCUGAAUUCAUUUUUGGAAUUUCUUCCGUAGUAAUAUACUUAAAGUUUAUUCUGAAAGUACACCAUUGAGCCACAUGAAGGAACCUUGUUUAACUGAUAACAGCAUCUACAUUUUUAGUUGAUGAUUGAAAAUAAUGAGAUUGUUGAUCUGGUCACUUAAAACAUAAGAGAAAAAAAACAAUUAUGUUUAAAUAGCACAUGCAUGCAG